AUGCAGCAUGAUCACGAGCUCUCUGGAACGCUAACGCCAACACGACCGAAGGAAACCUCCCAUUCUCACGAGCUGGCCGAGGCUGAUUGUGAAGAGGGACCACCAGUUGAAAAUGAAAACGAGCAGGAGAUCGUGACCUGGGAUGGAGCGGACGACGCUGCAAACCCUAAAAACUGGUCUUUUAAGCGGAAAUGGGGCAUCACUGUUCUAGUAUCGCUGAUCACAUUCAUGACGGGCAUCUCUUCUGCUAUCAUCGCGCCGGCUAGCAAUGUAAUCGAUGACGACUUCAAAAUCCACAGUUCUUUUCAACAGCAACUCAAUUUCUCCAUCAUCCAACUUGCAUAUGUUAUCGGACCCCUAGCAUUAGCUCCACUUUCUGAGAUAUACGGACGUUCGUUAAUUCUUCAGCUCUCCAAUGUAUUCUUUUUGAUCUUCAAUUUGGUGAACGGUUUUGCGAAUAGUGACGGCGAGUUCCUGGCCUUCCGCUUUCUUAGUGGCCUAGGCGCUUGUGCUCCGUUGACAAUUGGUGGCGGUGUCCUCUCAGAUCUAUGGCGUCCAGAGGAGAUUGGUAUGGCCAUAGGACUUUACACUUUAGCGCCUUUGCUUUCUCCUGCCCUCGGCCCCUUACUUGGAGCUUGGAUUGUUGAGAAAUCUACAUGGAAGUGGUGCUUCUUUUCCAUCACCAUUUUCGGGGUGAUUGUGCAAGUCCUCGUUUUCUUCACGUUGAAAGAGACCUAUGGCCCACGAAUCUUGCAGAUGAAAGCCCAGAAGCUGCGUGAGGAGACCGGGAAUGACCAAUUGCGAACGACUUUCGAGCUUAACGAUUUGCGCCUCGUCUCUAUCAUGCGAACUUCGCUUGUUCGCGUCAUUGUUCUGCUUACCACUCAACCAAUCAUAAUUUUCCUCUCCGUCUAUUUUGCGAUGGUCUAUGGUAUCAUCUACCUUAUGCUGUCUAGCUUCCCAUCAUUGUGGACGGCUUACUAUCACGAAUCAGUUGGGGUUGGCGGUCUCCACUACGUUGCUAUCAUGUGCGGUUUAACCAUCGGCGCACAGGGGGGCGGUCGUAUCGUAGACUACCUAUACAAAACCCUCAAAUCUCGAUCGCCUGAUAAGACCGGUUCGCCCGAGUUUCGUGUGCCGCUUCUCUUCCUCUCCACCGCUGUAGUCGCAGUGGGGCUUUUCAUGUAUGGAUGGUCUGCCGAGGCAAAGACUUUUUGGCUUUCCGCAGACAUCGGUGCUGCUAUCUUCUCUAUAGGGGCAGCUAUGACUUUCACUUCAAUACAGACAUACGUUAUCGACUCUUAUCCAUUGUUUGCAGCGUCUGCGAUAGGUGCAACAGCGGUGCUGAGAAGUUUGACUGGGUUUGGGUUCCCGCUCUUCGCCCCUACUUUGUAUGACAAACUCGGUUAUGGCUGGGGKAAUAGCGUGCUCGGGUUCGCCGUCCUGGCCGUUGGCUAUGCCGGGGCUCUGAUUCUCUGGUUUUACGGUAGCCGGCUGAGGGAUGCGAGUCCCUACGCGAGGGGAUAA